CACGCGUUGGCGCGACCGGUCUAAGGGAUAAACGCCCUGCAUGCAUUGACCUUUUGGCAAAAGUGGCAAGAGGAGCAACUGAAGUGAUGCAUUGGAGUUUGUUUUCAUUACCAUCAUCACAUUACACCUCUCCUCUACAAAAGCGCACAACCUUUUCGUCAUGGGUGCGGCACUUUCAAUUCCAUUCUUGGGAGGAGGUUUGAUUUCCUCUUUGGUGGGAUCAUGUUUGACAGGUUUGGCUUUCUUUUGCACUUCAACUGCUGCAUCUGCAUUCUUCAAAUCAUGUAAUUGUCAAUCCAGCAUAGCGACCCGUGUUGGUUUUUGUUUAAUCUUUUGUUUGGAUGCUCUUGUGGCUUGGCUAAGUCUGACAAGGUUUGCAAUGAACAAGAUCGAAGAUUGGAGUUAUCAAUAUCUCAAAUUAGACUGUAAAGAUAAGGAUCGUUGUUAUGGUGUUUUGGCCGUUCAUCGUAUCACGUUUGCUCUAACGCUCUUUCAUUUUAUUCUCGGUAUGCUACUCAUCGGAGUACAAGACACCCGUACAAAGAGAGCUGCAAUUCAAAACGGAUGGUGGGGACCAAAGGUUUUGGCUUGGCUAGUGUUGACAGUGUUGAUGUUUUUCAUUCCCAAUGGAUUCUUUGUCGUUUGGGCAAAUUAUUUCGCUUUGGUUUUGGCUUCGGUCUUCAUCGUUCUUGGUUUGGUCCUUUUGGUUGACUUUGCUCACACUUGGUCUGAAACAUGUUUGGACAAAUGGGAAGAGACAGAAUCAUCUUUUUGGAAAUACACUUUGAUCGGAAGUACGUUGGGAAUGUACGCCACUAUGAUUACUGUUACGGGAUUGUUGUACGGCUACUUUUCGGGAUCAGGCUGUGGACUCAAUACGUUCUUCAUCACUUUCAACUUGCUUCUAUGUGUCUUUAUCACCGCACUCUGCAUCAGUCCUCAAGUACAAGAAGCCAAUCCUCGAAGUGGUUUGGCACAAAGCAGUAUGGUUUCAGCUUAUUGCACUUAUUUGAUCACGAGCGCAUUGAUGAACAGGAACGACGAAUUGUGUAAUCCAAUUCAACGUAACCGAGGCAGUGGAGCAAAGACGACGACCGUUGUGAUUGGUGCUUGUUUUACUUUCCUGGCUAUUGCCUAUUCAACCAGCCGUGCUGCAACGCAGUCGAAAGCAUUGGUGGGCAAAAAGAGAGCAGAGGCAAAUCGAAGAAGUGGGGCGGCGAACGGUUAUGGACCACUGGCCACACAUGCAGGAACGAGCGAGGAAGAAGGCGCGAUUACAACUCAACAACCGACCCGCAAAGAAGAUCUUCGGAUUCAAGCUUUACGUGCUGCAGUAGAAGCUGGAAGUCUGCCAGCCUCAGCAUUGGAUGAUAGCGAUGACGAAGAUGAUGACGAUGUUGGAAGCUUUGUUGCCGGUGGAGGAGAUGAAGCUGAUGAUGAACGAAACGGAACUCGAUACAAUUAUAGUUUUUUCCAUUUUAUCUUUGCCAUUGCUGCUUGUUAUACGGCAAUGUUGUUGACCGAUUGGAAAUUUGUCAAAUUAGGAGGACCAUCACCUGAUCCUGUGGAACAUGGAGCACCGAUUGUUUAUAUCGGUAGAAGUGCAGCUGCCAUGUGGAUGAGAGUUGUUAGCAGUUGGUUAUGCAUUGCAAUUUACUCUUGGAGUUUAGUUGCUCCUGUGGUUAUGCCAGAUCGUUUUGGCGAUUAUUGAUUCGGGUUUGACUUUUGUAUUUUUAUUCUCAGUGAUUUCUUUCUUUUUCUAUAAUGCUUUAUUUAUGUGAUCUCAGCCAUUCGCCUUUACGCAUGUUCAGGCACGAGAAUGUUGAUCAGAAUUUCCUAA